AUGAGCUGGAGCUUCCUGACGCGCUUGCUGGAGGAGAUCCAGAACCACUCCACCUUCGUGGGGAAGCUGUGGCUCACCGUCCUCAUCGUCUUCCGCAUCGUGCUGACGGCCGUGGGCGGCGAGAGCAUCUACUACGACGAGCAGAGCAAGUUCGUGUGCAACUCGGGCCAGCCGGGCUGUGAGAAUGUCUGCUACGACGCCUUUGCACCCCUCUCGCACGUGCGCUUCUGGGUCUUCCAGAUCAUCCUGUCCGCCAUGCCUUCGCUCAUGUACAUGGGCUACGCCGCCAACAAGAUCGCCAAGAUGGAGGACAUACGGGGCGGAGGGUCCGGAGUGUCAGGGGGCACCGGGACGAGCACCGGGGGCGGCGGCGGCUACACGCACCGCCGGCCCAGGAAGAUGUACUUCGGGGCGCGCAACACCCGGAGCGGGAUGGAGGAAGGCGAGGAGGAGCAGGAGGACGACCCGAUGAUCUACGAGGUGCCCGAGCCGGAGCCGCCGCGGCGAGACCUCAUGCCGCCGCGGCCCAAGCCCAAGACGCGGCACGACGGGCGGCGGCGCAUCCGCGACGACGGCCUCAUGCGCAUCUACGUGCUGCAGCUGGUGACGCGCACGGCGCUGGAGGCCGGCUUCCUGGCGGGCCAGUACCUGCUGUACGGCUUCCGCGUGGCGCCGGUGUUCGUGUGCUCGGGCAAGCCGUGCCCGCACAACGUGGACUGCUUCGUGUCGCGGCCCACGGAGAAGACCAUCUUCCUGCGCAUCAUGUACGGCGUCACGUGCCUCUGCCUCACGCUCAACAUCUGGGAGAUGCUGCACCUGGGCGUCGGCACCAUCACGGACAUCAUCCGUCGCCGGAGGGCCGCGCCGCCCGACGACGAGUACCAGCUGGGGCUGCUGGCGACGGCCGGCGUGUCCGUUGGCGUCGGGGGCGCCGGCGGGCCGCUCAGCGAGGGCGAGGGCGCCGGCGGCGUCGGGGGAGCGGGCGGCGCCGACUACGUGGGCUACCCGUUCUCCUGGAACACGCCGUCGGCGCCGCCGGGCUACAACAUCGUGGUCAAGCCCGAGGCCAUGCCCUACACGGACCUGAGCAACGCCAAGAUGGCCUGCAAGCAGAACCGCGAGAACAUCGCGCAGGAGCAGCAGCAGUACGGCUCCAACGAGGACAACUUCCCCACGGGCGCCGAGCCGCGCGCGCCGCCCCUCAACAACAAGGACGUCAUCAUCCAGCAGGCGCACGACCAGCUGGAGGCCGCCAUCCAGGCCUACAGCCAGCACCACGGCGGCCACCAGCAGGACGACAACACCACGCACCGCGGCGGAGGCGGCGGCGGCGGCGGCGGCGCCGACGAGGACGACAAGCCGCAGAGCAACAUCACCCCCGCACAGAGGGAGCGCAGGCACCACCACCGGGCCAAGUCUGGGAGGGGAGGAGGCAGCGCGGGGAGUGGGGGAGGGAGCAGUAGCAACAGCAGCAGCAAAUCAGGAGAGGGCAAGCCAUCUGUGUGGAUCUGA